AUGUCUGCGAAAAGAGAACAUUCACCGUCGCCGCCGCUACAAGCACUAGCAUCAGAAAUCUACCUAUCCAGCACCAUCCAUGAACAAACAUCAUCCUUCACAGCGGCCUUUUCUCCAACCCUCUCUGCCAAAGCGCUCCAAGGCCUCGGCCAAUUCCAAACCGCCAGCCAUAGAAUUGCCGCAUGGCGCAAGCCAUCGCGCCAAAAGUCGCUGACGCCCGGGUCGCGGCUGCUCUUUGACACAGGUCACGACGACGACGGGGAGAAAUGGGCGGGAAUGCGGCUUAGCAACCUUCUCGGCGACACGGGGACAAGCGGGAGCAUCGUGGUCGCGCGGUGGUACGGCGGGCAAAACAUAGGGCCCAUUCGCUUCACGCACAUGGAGACGUGUGCUAAGGAAGCCAUUCGCAAGUAUGCGGAUGCCGUGGCGCAGGCGCAGCAAGAGCAGGCGACUAAAAAGCAAAAGAUCGACGAGGAAGCUCGCCGCAGCGACUUGAUUUGCAACCUCCAGGAGCGAGACUACAACAUCUUUGCCCUGAGGAAGUUGCUGUGUGAGAAGAAGGCAAAGGCACAAGGCGAACACGCGCAGCCACCGACGCCGCAGAAGUUGCAAGACUAUGGGGCUUUGACUAUGGAGGCGUUACUGAGGGUGGACAAGGCGCGGGAUGCAACGAUUGCGUUUAUUCUCAAGCAGAUUGACAAGAUGGACGAGGGGUUGAAGCCUGCAGGAGCUUUAGAUGGCAGUACUGGGGAAGGGGCUGUGAAAGAGGUGGCCAAGGAGGGCACGGUGCCAUCAACAGCAACAUGA